CUGCAACUUUUUAUAGAUAAUAAUUUAGAUUUUGAUGAUUAUAGGGAGACGGAUUUAGACGAAGUUCUUCAAAUCAAAAAUGUGUUCUCGAAUGUAUCUAAAGGGCAAGUUGCAGCUCAGAGUGAUCUUCAAAAGGCAUUCAAGAAUGAAGAUUUGGGUAAAAUUAUUGAAGAACUCCAAGUUAGCGAGAAAGAAAGAUCACAUCAAAUUGAUAAUUUUUAUCGUGAAAUUGCUACGAUCGUUGCAGAAAAAUGUGUUAACCCGCACACGAAACGACCAUAUACCGUAACUAUGAUUGAAAAGGCAUUGGGAGAAAUACAUCUCUCGGUAAACGUGAAUAAGAAUACAAAAUCACAGGCGUUGGAUGCGAUCAAACAGCUUCAGGAAAAAAAAGUCAUUCCUAUUUCCCGCGCUCAAAUGCGUUUGAGAAUCACGAUUCCAAAUUCUAAGGAAACUAAGAAAGCCAAAGAGAAGUUGACGCCUUUGAUUGCAAGUAUUGAAGAUGAAAGCUGGGAUAAUGAAUAUGAACUG